AUGAUAACGCUUCUGCUGCUAGGUUUCGGCAUCCUUUCGCUCUACGUGUACUGCAAGAUAAAGUUUAAGUUCGCGGAAAAAAUCCCUUGCGUUGAGCCGUUGCAUCCGAUCUUUGGCAAUGGGCUCGAGUUUGCGCAGAAAAACUCGUACGAAAUCUUUAAAAGCCUAACACGUGCGUACAAGGAUAACAAACGUAUCUUCAAGCUAUGCUUCGGACCAAUCCCGGUCAUCUGUCCGACGCAUCCGGAUCUGAUACAGAAAAUUAUGACUGAACAGGCCAGCAUGGACAAACCGUUCGUGUAUGAUUUCAUGCGCGUGGAACAUGGAUUGCUUACGGCACAGUAUGACGAAUGGCGUGUGCAUCGAAAAGCGCUGAAUCCAACGUUUAACACACGCAUCCUCAACAGUUUCAUCCCGAUCUUUACCGACUGUGUUGGGAAAAUGAUCACCAACAUGGAACGUCACGCAGGCGAUGAAAAACCAAUCAACAUACUUGAGUUUACCUCGCCCUGCACGCUGGAAAUGAUUUGUCGUACCUCGCUCGGCGGGAAGGUACUGGAAAGGGAAGGCAAACAGGAGUUUAUCGAAGGGCUGGAAAUUAUCCUUCACAAUGUAGGCCUUCGAAUGUUUAACGCAAAUCUCUACCCCGAGUUUGUGUACAAGUACACCCGUUUCUAUCGUGCAGAAAUGGAAGCGCGUAAGAUUUGUUACGCUUUCACGGACAAGGUAAUUCGUGAAAAGCGUGCCAAGUUCGAGGAACGACUCCGUCAUACCACUGAUGGUAAUAAUAAUAGCACGAUGGCCGAUAAAAAUGGCAACGUCGUCUUUGCUGAAGAAGAAGACGAUAUGCUCAACUACAAGAAGCCUCAAAUCUUUGUCGACCAGCUGCUGACCAUACCGAACGACGGUAAACCGUUUACGCACGAAGAGAUCACCGACCAUAUCUAUACGAUGAUAGCUGCUGGAAACGAGACAUCCGCUACGCAGGCUGCCCACGCCUGUCUGCUGUUGGCCAUGCACCCAGAGAUACAGGAACGAGCAGCGGCAGAAGUGCGCGAGCUGCUGGCGGAUGACGUUGAGUACACGCACGAGCUACUCAAAUCGAUGGAGUACCUGGAACGUGUCAUCAAGGAAUCACAACGGCUAUGCCCGGUAGCGGCCGUCUACGGUCGCAAAACGAUCGGCACGAUCCAGCUGGACGAGUAUGUGAUUCCGAAAGGAUUCAUCCUGCUGCUGAACGUGUUUGCCCUGCACCGACAGAAGGAGUAUUGGGGCCCGAACGCGGACCGCUUUGAUCCGGACCAAUUUUUACCGGAGCGUGCGAAGGCACGCCACCCGUACGCCUAUCUACCGUUCAGCGGAGGUCCACGGGGAUGCAUCGGGAGUCGGUAUGCUAUGAUGAGUUUGAAAAUUAUGCUAUCACAAAUAUUGAAACACUUUCGACUUACCACGGACAUACCGUACGAAAAGAUGGACUUUAAGUUCAAGGUCUCGAUGCAUCUUUCGUUCGAGCAUCUUGUAAAGUUGGAGCCACGUGCGUAG